AUGCGUGUCAUCGCUGCUCUCGGCCUUGCUGCCCUGACCGGUAUGGUCUCGGCUCAGCCCCACGGCCACGGUCACCACCACAACAAGCGUGCCGUCGCCGUCGAAAUCGUCACCGAGAUUGAAUGGGUCACCGUCCACCCCGAAGCCGCUGUCGCUGAGGCUACCUCCACUGAGGCUGCCGUCGUCGCUACCUCGACCAGCGAGGCCGUCGUUCAGGUCGCCGUCCAGGUCCCCACCUCCACCAGCUCGGUCGCUACUGUCGUCCCCACCUCCACCGUGACCCCCACCUGGACCACCUCGUCCUCUGUUGUCGCCAGCUCCACCUCCGACGUGAUCGAGACCGCCACUGCUACCGGCGGCUCCGGUGUCAAGAUCGUCAACAACCUUGACCAGACCGUCUACCUCUGGACCACCUCCAAUGUCAGCGAGGACAUGAUCACCAUCGAGGAGGGCGACCACUACUACGAGAACUGGCAGACCAACUCCGACGGUGGUGGUAUCUCCAUCAAGAUGUCUACUUCCACCGAUGAGUCUUCCGUCCUUCAGUUCGAGUACACCAAGGAGGACGAGACUAUCUGGUGGGAUAUGUCUUCCAUCAACCUCGACAAGACUUCGCUUUUCGUUACUUCUGGUUUCUCCGUUACCUCCAACGACGCCUCUUGCUCCACUGUUACUUGUGAUGCUGGUGACAGCGAUUGCUCGGAGUCUUACCAGCAGCCCGAUGACGUUGACACCCGCAGCUGUGUUUCCACUGCUGCUUUCAUCCUCGACCUUGGACUUUGA